AUGCCGCCUUCCGGCCCUCGUGUCCCGCCAAAAGGGUCCAGAGAACUGAGACCACCAGGAGAGCCUCGCCCGCUGCAGCGGGUGUCGCAGGUCCAGAGGCAGGCGGAUGAGGUGAAGAAGCUGCAGCAGCAAGCAGGAGAUUUAGUGCGCGGCAACGAUUUGAGAGGCGCCAUCCACAUGUUCGAAGAUUGCAAAGCAGAGAUUGACGAUGCUUUGGAUGGCCUUCCCAAGGACGACCUUUGCUACAACACUCUAGUGGAGACAAGACGGAGCGUAGAAGAGAAAAUCUCAAAGUGCAAGCAAUUUCUGCCGUUCGAGUACUUCCUCACGGCACCAAACUUGCAAGCAAAGUGA